AUGAACCCUUACCAACAGGUAAUAGAAAUCGUCGGCAAAACGUUAUCGUCAUUCGAUGCGGACGGCAUGAUCCCUGCUUACGGGUUUGGUGACGAGGAAUUCACCGACAAGGGAAUUUUCAACAUUGCCGACCGGUACAACCUCGACAAGGACUGCAAUGGCUUUGAAGAGGUGCUACGGAUCUACAAUGAAGUCACACCUAAAGUUGCCAUGAGUGGACCAACGAACUUUGUCCCCUUGAUCGAGCGUGCAGUCGAAAUCUGCAAGGAGAAGCACUCGUACCAUAUCCUUGUGAUCGUUGCCGAUGGACAAGUAACAAAUGAGAAGAUCAAUCAGAAGGCGAUCGCCGCCGCAUCACAUUACCCGCUCAGUAUCAUUAUGGUGGGUGUCGGUGACGGUCCAUGGAAUAUGAUGGGACGAUUUGACGACAACAUUCCAAAACGACUAUUCGAUAAUUUCCACUUUGUCGACUUCCACAAGGUGAUGUUCAAUGCACCGAAUCCAGAAGCGUCGUUUGCACUGAAUGCCCUCAUGGAAAUUCCGGAUCAAUACAAAGCUAUUAAGGAGCUCGGGCUGUUGAAACACAGUCGAAGGGGUUAG